UUAAGCUAUUGAGCCGCACAAUGGUUUCUGGUAGAUGGUUUAAAUUAACAGAAGCUGUGGUUGGGAUACUGGUGGUGCUACUGGGAGCCUCCUGGGGUGCAGAAACUUACUGUGAUUUCAGAAAAGAUGGAGCUCAGUGUUUUGGAUCUUUGGGGGGAACAGUCCUCUUCCAGCUGAUGAAUAACAUUUCAGAAAUACCUAAAUAUGAAAUGAAACAUAACACAUCAAAUAUCUUGAGGGGCAAAUUCAAUCUUUCCAUAGUAAUUGGUCUUCAGAACAGAUAUAAUUUCAUUCCCAGUAAUAGUACAUUAAGCAUAACAAGCCUCAGCAGAAAUGACAGUGGUACUUAUACUCUGGAAACCUUUGACUCAGAUGGAAAGCUAUUAGAAACGAAAACUCUUCAGUUGAUUGUUGGAGCUCCUUUGUCCCCAGUCCACUUGGAGCAUGAGUGUUUGUCCCAGGGACAGAUAAAUGUGUCUUGUCUCUCCGAGGAAGGGGACAGUCCUCUUCAGUACAGCUGGACUCUGAAUGGACACUCACUGACAGACUCUGAGCUUUUCUCUGGAAAUAAUGGUACUAAUAUCAUCGUUCUGAGACAGAAUAUCUCAGGACGUCUGGUCUGCUCAGUCAGGAACCAAGCCAGUUUCCUCUUCAGGGAAAUACAAAUAUCUACAUGUAGCUUUGUAAACUGUUCUGUGAAUGGGACACAAAUAUCUUCCUGGAUGUUUCAAGAAAAUAACAGCCUAUGUGUUGAACCAACAAGAGUCCCUUCACCAGAUGCUCCUGAUAUUAAUGUGAUUGUGGAACAAUGGCCAAUAGUAGCUGGUGCACUUGGAGCUUUGAUAAUUAUUAUAGUUGUAAGCUCUGCAAUCAUCUGUGUCAGGAAGAAGAAAAACAAUAACAGAGUGGAGGAAAAUAAUGGAGAACUGGCCAAUGAUAACGGGAGGACAAGAAGGCGAGAAGAGCAAUCUAUGGAUGUCCAAGCAGAGUAUGGCCAAGUGAGGAAGAAACCUCGGCAUUCUGAUGUUUUGUUAUCAGAUAACAAUGAUGUGUAUGCAAACGUCCAUAAGAAAACCUCAGCUAGAUAAAUUUAUGUUGUCUGCAUUAUGCUGAAUUCAAGAAAGAAGAGACAAAUUCAUAACCAAAUAGCUUCAUUUUUCCUUAUUUGACACAAAGUUAUAUCCACGUGUCAAAUAAUUCAGUCUUUAGGAUUUGUGACUUUAAACAGUCUUCAAUUUUUUAAACAAGCUAUGCGUCUGUGAACAGGUUUAAAUCUACGGCCUCAAAAAGUUGAUAAAUGUUCUUUUAUUGAUGUUCUUUUCUUGUUUGUAAUGACCGUACAUGUUGAUGAACUGUAAAGUUGAGUGUUUCAUCAGUUACAAGUUGUAGUCAACUUGUACAAUCCUGUUAUAUAGCUGUGAUCACAGCAGCUUAAUGUACUAAAAUGAGCACAAUGACAAGAAAGUGGUUUUUGUUCUCAUGCCACAAACAGUAUCAUGUUUAUUAUUGAACUGGAUGCUACUUUUCACCCACUUAGCUGUUCUGUUAGCUAACCUCAACAUUGGCACAAAGCUGGUUAGAGGUGGUGACUCUGAACAUGAACAUAUUAUAAGAUGGUAAUGAACUGAAUUAAAAGGACCAAAAACAAUCAGAAGGUACAAAGAAAGAUGGACAAACUAUAAAGCAAGCAAAAAACAACAGUCCACUACAGCGCCAGUUAUUAUCAACAUUUCAGCAAAUACAAGCAUUGAUGAAAUGAAUAUAUUUUGUCUAUGCAAAUGUAAUUGUUUUGAGCACCGCAGAUGUCAUUUUUUAAUCGCUGUGCAGCAGCUUUUAAUCUCCUCUUUACUAAGUGAAAACAACAUUUUGUCCAGCAGGGGAGGCUGGACAAAUGCUUGUUUUCCACCAUCUAGACUCCAUAAUGUCUAAUAAAACAUGAUAUGAUAUGUUUGAGAUUUUUAAUAAGUCUUUAAAAACUAUGCAAGCAAUGGGACUACAAACAUUAGUACAGACACAAUACUUUGAAGAAGCAUAAAACACACUCUUAAAUGAUGCUGAUAUCAUUUUGUUCCUCUUCUUGCCAUUUCUUUAACAUGUGAACUGAGCUACUCUUGGAACACUUCCUGUCAUUUUCUAUCUCUUUCCUUUUUUGCGCAAGGCAGUGAUCUUGUCAAAAAGGACCUUGACUUAACAUUAUUUCUAACCUGCAACAAAACAUCCCCAUCAAUAGUCCUGAUAUUUUAGGAGUUCGAUCUCAUUUGGAACAGGAACCAUUCCCAGCAUAGGUUACCAUGGUGACGGACCCAGUUAAAAGUGAACCAGCUGUGCGAGAACAAACUUAACCUGAAGUAACUUUGAUAACACUGACUAAUCCCACUUCCUUGUUCAUGUGUAUUAUUUUAUA